AUGGCCGACAGCGAUCUCGAGGCCAUCAGGCAAGCGCGGCUCCAGCAGCUACAAACGCAAGGAUCCGGGAAUGCCGGCGGCGGCGGUGGUGGCAGCGGAGGCGGGCAGCAGGACGAACAAAGAUCCCGCGAAGAAGCCCAACGCACAUCAAUACUCGGUCAGAUCCUCGAACCACUCGCAGCCGAUCGUCUCGGUCGCAUUCGCAUGGUCAACGCGUCACGCGCCGAAGAUGUCGAGAAUCGCUUAAUCAUGCUGGCACGAAGCGGACAAUUGCGCCAACGAGUCAACGAGGACCAACUGAAGGACAUCCUGAGUGCAGUGGCGGAACAGCAGAAGGAGAGCGCGGCAGCGAAGGUUGUGGUGCAGAGGAGAGGUGCAGCCUGGGACGAUGAUGAUUUGGACGAUCUAUUGAACGAGGAUUGA